GUGCAUUGCUGCCCUUCGGUGCAGCCAGUGGCCCACAAUGUCUGCCAACGAGGCAGAGGAUUAUGCCGAGGGUAAUGUUGAGACUGGCGUUGGAGCCGCUAUGAUAGCUCUGUCUAUCAUAGUUGUUGGGAUGCGUUUCUACGCCCGCACGCACUUUAAGGCUGGCCUGGGUUGGGACGACUGGCUUGCAAUGGUAGCGCUUGUUGGUAAUGUGAGCGCUGCGCUUCUUGUUCUAUCCGCUUCCGUCAUCGACCCGAAUUCCGACUGGAUAGAAGACAACACGGAUCCAAACUAUCAUUACACGUCUGCCAACAAGACCCAUCUUCUGUUGGCAUGGAUAGCAUCGGUGAUCUACUUCACUUGUGUCAGCGCGGCCAAGUUAUCCAUCUUGCUGCUGUACAAGCGCAUCUUCUCCACGUCCCGCGCGUUCCAACUCCAGGUGAAUGUGCUCAGCGCAGCCAUCAUCCUCUUCUGGAUCGCGACCACAUUCGCAACAAUCUUCACGUGCUGGCCCAUAAAAUGGAGUUAUAUCAGCAGCCUCAGUCCCGAGCCUUACUGUUUCAACUUCAAUAUCUACUGGUUCGCGACAGGUAUCAUCGAGGCUGUCUUCGACAUCUGCAUUAUAUUGCUGCCUGUUAAGAUGGUCAUGAAGCUCCAGAUGAGCAUGAAGAAAAGGAUGAGCUUGGUGGCCGUCUUCUCGCUGGGCGCAUUGUGGCAUGGGAAUUAUAUGUUCCUGUCUUCCGGUAUGCUGGCCCAUCAUACUGCGAAUCUCGUCCAAAGUUGCCUCGACCGCAUCGCUCCCCCGAUCUGGAAGGUCUACCGGAACCGGCUCAGUUCGAAGCUGGUGGCGCCAUCACAAACCAACUCCGACACCGAAUUAAUUAUCCUACCUGCACGACCUCCUACUGCCCACGAAUCAGACUCCAGCCAAUGGGAUAUACCCCGCCUGACCGUCUGGAGAGAUGAGAGUGAUACAGGCUACGGCUCUGAUGGCAGAGGGAAACACGGCAGCUCCGUGAACAUACAUCACAGCAACAGCUUUCACUGAACAUACAUGACGGGCAAGCGAAGAACGACGACUGCAUACAGCUGGUGCUGAAUGGGGAACAAAAGUCUGCCGCUUCAUAGAUCACAAAUGUGUACAGAACAAUUUUGAAUCAUC